AUGUCCAACAGCAGCUCCAUCAGGCACUUCCUCCUGCUGGCAUUGGCAGACACGUGGCAGCUGCAGCUCCUGCACUUCUGCCUCUUGCUGGCCAUCUCCCUGGCUGCCCUCCUGGGCAAUGGCCUCAUCGUCAGCGCCGUAGCCUGCGGCCACCACCUGCACACGCCCAUGUUCUUCUUCCUGCUCAACCUGGCCCUCAGCGACCUGGGCUCCAUCUGCACCACUGUCCCCAAAGCCAUGCACAAUUCCCUCUGGGACACCAGGGACAUCUCCUACACAGGAUGUGCUGCUCAGGUCUUCCUGAUUUUCUUCUUCUUUGCAGCAGAGCUUUACCUUUUGACCAUUAUGUCCUAUGACCUCUACGUGUCCAUCUGCAAACCUCUGCACUAUGGGACCCUCCUGGGCAGCAGAGCUUGUGCCCACAUGGCAGCAGCUGCCUGGGCCAGUGCCUUUCUCAAUGCUCUCAUGCACACAGCCAAUACAUUUUCCCUGUCCCUGUGCCAUGGUAAUGCCCUGGGCCAGUUCUUCUGUGAAAUCCCACAGAUCCUCAAGCUCUCUUGCUCACAGUCCAACUUCAGGGAACUUGGGCUAAUUGCUGUUAGUGUGUGUUUAGCUUUUGGCUGUUUUGUGUUCAUUGUUUUCUCCUAUGUGCAGAUCUUCAGGGCCGUGCUGAGGAUCCCUGCUGAGCAGGGACGGCACAAAGCCUUUUCCACCUGCCUCCCUCACCUGGCUGUGGUCACCCUGUUCAUCAGCACUUCAUUUUUUACAUACCUGAAGCCCCCCUCCAUGUCCUCUCCAUCCCUGGAUCUCGCCCUGUCAGUUCUCUACUCGGUGGUGCCUCCAGCCCUGAACCCCCUCAUCUACAGCCUGAGGAACCAGGAGUUCAAGGAUGCCGUGUGGAGACUGAUGACGGGAAGGUGUCACAAACAUUAAACUUCUGCCCAAUUUGUGCAACU